UGGGAAAUCAAGAUGCUGUAUGAUGGAGGCUGCCCCCUAUGCAUGCGGGAAGUGAACAUGUUGAAGCGCAGAGAUGAAGGGAAAGGGAAAAUAUAUUUCGUUGACGUUGAUGCACCAGACUACAGACCAGAGGACAAUGCAGGCAUCAGCUACGAGCAGGCAAUGGAAAGCAUACAUGGCAUCUUACCCGAUCAAAGAGUGGUCACAAACGUUGAGGUGUUCAGACGAUUGUAUGAUGCAGUGGGACUGGGAUGGGUGUACGCCAUCACAAAAGUCCAGCCCAUUGGUCGGAUGGCAGAUUGGGUAUAUGGAAUUUGGGCGAAGUAUCGGCUGCCAAUCACUGGACGUCCAGACUUGGAGGUGGUGUUGCAGCAGAAGAAAACAUGCAAAUAA